CCGAUGGGGACAAAAUUUUUCUACUCUUUUACAUUUGGUUUCCCAUAAAAUUUAAAAAUGAAAAUCUAAAAAUACAAAAAAAAUUGGAAAAUACUAAAAGACGCAGUGUGAUCGAAACAACCAUGCCGGCGGUUACCUAUAAGACACAUACCUUGCCCCAACAGCGACGUCUGGUCCCUAAUCUGAUGCGCACCAUAGUCAACAUCCUGGCGGACGCCCAGCGACCGAUGAGCGACAUCGAGCUGGCUUCCAUCUUGGGUACCCAUUAUCGCCGCAGAGAUCUCGAUUUCUUCCGGCAAAUUCAACUCAAUUUGCGCGAUGGUGUCGACUACGGCAUCCUCAGACGCCAGCGGAACCGCUUCUCACUGCGUUCACAACGACUGAGCGAACUGAUGUCCACUCUGGGAUCAUCAAUUCGCCGCUAAAUGGGAUUCCAAAAAAACCACACAUUCACACACAUCGGACUAAAACACCAAAAAAAAACAGUUAAAUACA